AUGAAUGUCAAUGAAAAAUUGCAAAAGGAAAUUGAUGAGAGGAAAGCUCAAUUUAGGAAUGCCUGGCAGAAGACAUCAUUGUACCCCGACUGGAGGAAAGAAUUUUUCCAGGCUGUGAAUAUUACUCUGGAUCCAGCCACAGCACAUCCUUCCCUCGCCUUGUCAGGAGGGAACAGAUGUGUAACCUGGGGAGUGAAGUCUCAAGAUCUACCUGAGGACCCACAGAGAUUUUAUUCCCUUCCCUGUGUGCUGGGUCAUCAGGUCUUCACCUCCAGGAGGUGCUACUGGGAAGUAGAAGUCGGAGACCAUGGAGCCUGGGACCUGGGAAUUUGUAGGCCUCAUGUAAUGAGGAAGGGGAGGAUUUGCAUCAAACCUGAGAAUGGUUUCUGGGCCAUCAGGUUUUAUAAGGAUGAGUACUGGGCACUCACCUCUCCAGAAACACAACUUACUGUAAAGGAGCACCCUGUCAGAGUGUGUAUUUUCCUAGAAUAUGAGGAGGGGCGUAUCUCAUUUUAUAAUAUGAUAGAUAAAUCCCAUAUUCACACCUGGUCUCAAGGCUCCUUUGAUGGGCCCUUAAAGCCUUUUUUCAGGCUUUGGUCCAGUGAUUCAGGGCAUUUGACCAUCUGUCCAGUGCCUGAAACAGUACAGAAUCCCCUGUACUAG